AUGAGUAAUUUAAUGCUGCAAUUAGUCUUCGCGAUACUUCUUGUGUCCAGAACAAGGUCUCAAGUUUCCAAUAAUGUUACUUUCAAGCUAGCUCCAAUUGCGUCAGCAUCACCACAAUCUACUACAUUUACCCUUGUGAACAACAACAACUGCAACGUCACGGUGGUCACGCAGAUUUACGAGCUAUACGCGAAAAACAGAUUGGUCUUUCAGACCUGUGUGUCCGACGGACAGUACACGGUCUUUCCAUAUACCGGCAUUCUUCCGACACCCCAGCAAAUAAAAAGCAUGUCUGGAUCGCUCGCAUGCCGUGCAGUCUUUAUGUCCCUUUUACUUUGUGGAAUUCCAGAAUGUGUGAUAUCAAAUUUGUCCGUUCGUGCAGCUGUGGAGACUUUGCUCAAAAUUGGGACAGAUAUGGAUAUUUACCCCGACGCUAGUAAUGUAGUUCCGUUCACCGAUCGAUUUGUUGAAAUGGUGCGUUGGCGUCGCGAUGUGAAUUUAGCUCAAGCUGCACAUCUUCCCUGCGAUUCCGGUUCGAAACUGUAUGCUGAAUACGCUAGUAAUUUAUUUUCGAUUACUACCAGUGGAUUGUACCGCUUGACGUCGGAUAAAGAAAUUCAAUUUCGCUUGACAAUUAAUGAAGAAUUUAGUCAAGAUCUGAUCAUCGCGAAGCCAAGUGUGCUUGAACUUCAGGGUUCCGGCAGUGGCAUUAUGGUCGUGGUUGUAUCACCUACAGAAGGAUCACAGGGUUCUUCAUCAACAACAAUAGAUGUUGCAGUAUCAGAUGUUGAACCAAAAGCAAUCUCUAAGGAAAGCUUAAUUUCUCCGGUGAUCGAGAUAUCUGAUGCGAUAUCAAGAGACGCUACAGCUCGAAUGUUUUUAAGCCGCUCUAUUGUAGUGAUGAUUUGGACUUUUUUCAUGUUGAUAUGA